CAUCCAGCCAACUCCCCUCCUGCAAAACUUAUUAUCAUGGAGUAUAUGGGAGCACAUUUAGCUUUUAAGUCACGCUGGCACAAGACAGAUGAAGAACUCUGUCGACACAGCAUGUCUUUUAUCUUGCACAAGGCUAUUCAGAUUGACUUCUUCCAGAGUUACCUCUAUCUGCUGGAGAAGCUUUCCCUGGUGAAACUUUAUGCUUUAACCAGUAAAGUGAUCAAUGGGGAGAUGCAGUUCUAUGCCAGAGCCAAACAUUUCUACCAAGAUGUGCCAGCAACAGAAGAGGGCAUGAUGGGAGAUUAUAUCGAGCUGUCCAAUAUAGACAUUGAAUCCUCCAGGGAAUUUCUUAGAAAGUUUGUUGGGGGACCUGGGAAAGCUGGCACUGACUGUGCCUUAGACUGCGGGUCUGGGAUUGGAAGGGUCAGUAAGCAUGUCCUUUUGCCAGUUUUCAAGAGUGUGGAUCUGGUAGAUAUGAUGGAGAACUUCUUGGAUGCAGCCCAGAACUAUCUGCAGAGAGAAGGAGACAAAGUAGAGAUGUGCUAUUGCUACAGUCUCCAGGAAUUCACACCAGCCCCCCAAAGAUACGAUGUCAUCUGGAUUCAGUGGGUUUCAGGAAAUCUGACAGAUAGAGAUCUUCUGGAGUUUCUUAUCCGGUGCCAAAAUGGCUUGAAGGAUAAUGGUGUUAUCAUACUCAAGGACAAUGUGGCCCGAGAGGGCUGUAUCCUGGACCCUCUGGACAGCAGUGUGAUCCGAAACCUAAACAUCCUCCGGAGCCUCAUUGAAAAGAGUGGACUUAUCAUCUUGCAGGAGGACAAGCAAGAGGGCUUCCCUGAGCAGUGUGUCCCUGUCUGGAUGAUGGCCAUGCAAAAAGACCUCAGCCAUUCCUGGGGUGGGCUCAGGAAAGCCUGAAAUAUGACCAAAACUUGGGACUUACAAUGAGAAAGAAAGAAGAGGAAGUAUCUACUAACACUUUAUUAACAGUGCGCCACUAACUGGAGUAGUUUGUCUCAGUGUGAUCAGUAGAGUAACUGCACCUGAGUCAGGACAUCAAGGCAUUAUAUUAUAUCCUCUCUCAAAAGCCCUCCUCUCUGCAAAAUGACUACCUUAGUUAAUCGGAUAGGCAUGAGAAAAAACUCAUCUAUUAGCAAAUAAGUAAUCCAGGAGUUUUCAAAGAAAUUAAGUAAUUUUCAGGAUCCUAAUUUGAGAUACUGCAAAGAACCCUCAGGGUGGAUGCUCAGCACUCCAUGAAAAUUAGUGACCUUUAAGAUUAAGAUGCCUGAAUUUGGAAUACAAACUACUUUAUCCCUGAAAAUUUGGGUCUAAAUUUUGGCUUGUGUUCCUAAUGAUAUCUUAAAAUGAUUUAAAUUGAAAAAUUAAGGCAAGUCUCAUGUUUGUUUUCAGUUACACUGCUUGUUUGUAUAUUUUUUUGUGCAUUUAAAUCAGUUAAUACAGCACAUCUUGUUAGUUUCACUUAUUCCAUUAAUGAGUUUCACUUCCUGGAUCCCCUGCUCUAGAAUGAUACUGCUAUAUUAUGAUUCUUAAUGUUCCAUGGGGAAAUUUAAAUAAAAAAAUAUACAUGUUCACACUGAAAUGUUGUGAAAAUCUUUCUGUGCAUAUUAAGUUGCAGAAAAUAGUCUUCUAAAAACAAAAAUCUAAUGUUCACAGCAGAAACCACUUGAAAGAGCCUCUUUACCAUUCAU